CAUGCAACGAUGCAAGAGAACUGAUCUUCACGUGGACGGAGAAUCACAGGAAAAUAAGUGAUCGAAACUAAAUUUAGUUUCUAAGCCGCUCGUUCCUUCACCAUGGGUAAGAAGGUGAAGAUUGGAAAACAACGGCGGGACAAGGCCUAUUGGUCGGCCAAGGAGAUCGGGUUCCGCUCGCGGGCCUCCUUUAAACUGGUCCAAUUGAACCGCAAGUUCGAGUUCCUGCAGAAGGCCCGUGUGUGCCUCGAUUUGUGUGCUGCCCCCGGAUCAUGGAUGCAAGUGGCCAAGGAAAACAUGCCCAUGAGCUCCCUCAUCAUCGGCGUGGAUCUGGCCUCCAUCAAGCCCAUUCCCGGGUGCAUCACCAUGGUCAAUGACAUUACCACCGACAAAUGCCGAUCCGACAUCAAGAAAGAACUUCAAGGUUGGAAGGCCGACAUCGUGCUGCAUGACGGAGCCCCCAAUGUGGGUAAAUCGUGGAUCCACGAUGCCUAUCAACAGUCCUUGCUCACGCUUAGCUCGUUCAAGUUGGCCACCGAGUUCCUCAUGAAGAAUGGCACUUACGUGACCAAGGUGUUCCGAUCCAAGGACUAUCAGUCCCUGUUGUGGGUGUUCAACCAGUUCUUCAAGAAAGUUCACUCCACCAAACCCGCCGCGUCCCGUAACGAAUCGGCCGAAAUCUUCGUGGUGUGUUUGGGCUACAAAGCCCCGGAUAAAAUCGACCCCCGAUUCUUGGACGCCAAGUAUGUCUUCUCAGAAAUCGAAGCCGAUCCGGAUCAAGCUGAUAGGGAGAUCUUGAAUCCCGAAAAGAAGAAGAAAGCCCCGGCUGAGGGUUACGAAUUAGGGGCCACCACGUUGUUCAAGGCCGCUCAGGCCUCCGAGUUCAUCAUGGACAAUAAACCCAUCCACGUGCUCAACAACUUCUCCGAGAUUGUCUUGGAUGAGCCGCGCAUUGCCAAUCACCCCAAAACCACGCAGGAAAUCCGUGAAUGCUGCAAAGAUCUCAAAGUUCUAGGAAUGAAGGAGCUCAAGACCCUGAAGAAAUGGCGGGAGGCGCUUCGUAAAGACUUUGACCAGACUGAAAAGGACGCACUUGAGCGACAAAGGCAGGCCGAACCAGGCCAGCCAGAGCCCCAAGAAGUCAACCCGGAUGAUGAAGUCGAGGCCGAGGAGGAGAACGAGCUCCAAGAACUGGAAGAUCAAAUCACCAAUCUCAAAGAAGAAGAACGCAAAACGGCUAAGCGACUCAAGAAGAAGAAACUCAAAGAGAAACGCAAAGUGGCCGAACGCAUCGAUCUCAAGAUGAUUCUACCCGGUGACGAAGGACCCAAGAUGGAAGAGGAGGGUCUGUUUCGCAUGAAGGACCUCCAAUCUCGCCAAGAUAUCGACAAGGUCGGAGAGCAAGCGCCUGAUGAGGUGGCCGAGUCUGAAACGGAUGAAGAUGAGCCCAAGAAGAAGAAAAAGAAGACCGAGAGAAUUGCGCGGGAAAAGGGGAAACUCGAUCGAGCUGGAUUGUUCUACAAAGAAACGGAUUCCGACACGGCCUCCAGUGAUGAAUACGAAACGGAAGAGGAGCUAGAUGGGAUUGGCCUUGAGGCCAUGAAGGGCAAGAAGGUGAAGAAAAUGACCCAGAAAGACUUGGACGACUUCAACAAUCCAUCGUCGAAUCCCUUGAUCACGGAUUUGGACUACAGCUCACUGGACAGUAAGAAGCAGCGCCGGGCCGACCUUUGGUUCAGUCGAGACAUUUUCAAAGGCAUUGCCGAAGAUGAGGAGCUAUUGGAAGACGACAUCAAGGCUGGGAUUCAAGAUCUGGCCAAAAAGGGCAAGAAGGUUAUUGCCAAGAGCGGAAAAUCUCAAGCUGGAGGAGACAAAACUCAAGAGGAUGAUGAUAGUAGCUCUGACGAUAGUGAUGACGAGGAUGAUGAAUCCGGUUACGAUGAAGGCACGGAUGAGAGCGACUUUGACGUGGAGGACUCGUAUAGGAACAAGAAAAAGCAGGCCGUGAAAGAAAAGGAGGGAUUCGAAGUGGUGCCCGUGAGUGGAGACGCUCCGGCGGGCAAGAAGAAGAAAAAGGUUGUCUUGAACCCCGAAGAACUAGCCUUAGGACAAGAAAUGAUCAAGAGCAAGAAGCGGAAGCGAGAGCUCAUGGAUGCGGGCUGGAAUCGCUACAUGUUCAACGACCGAGACUGCGAUCUUCCAGAUUGGUUCGUCAAGGAGGAACGAAUCCACUCCCGUCCUAUCUUGGACGUAGAUCCCAAGGCUGUGGGCGAGUACACAGAUCGGCAGAAUGACUUGAACGUCCGCACCAUUAAGAAAGUGGUCGAAGCCAAGGCUCGCAAGAAGCGAAAGAUGUACAAGAAACUCGAGAAAGCCAAGAAGAAGGCCAGUGUCCUCAUGGAGAACCCGGAUCUGGGCAACAAGGAAAAAGCCAACGAAAUCAAGAAGAUGUAUAAAAAGGCGCAAUCCACGCCAAAGAAAGAAGUCACUUAUGUGGUGGCCAAAAAGGCGACAGCCAGCAAGCGAGCCAAACGCCCAGCGGGCAUGAAAGGCCUGUACAAGCAAGUGGAUCCGAGAAUGAAGAAAGACAACCAGAAAAAGCGCGGGAACGCCACAAAUAAGAAAAUCCAGAAGCGUCGACUCAAGGGACGCCAAGCUAACCCUAACGCCAAGAAGUGAUGUUUCCAUAAUUGAUUAGAUUCGCUAAUGAUGAAUAAACAUGUGUUUAUGUACUUGGGAAAAGA